AUGCAACCAAAGAUUCCGACUGCUUCCAUCUCCCCUCCUGCUCCACUUCCCACAGCCUCUCUUUCGUCUCCCCUGCACCUCUCGUCUUCGUCCUGCUCCCUCAAACGGUCUUUCCUCCUGCACCCGCAUUCCUUUCUGCUCGAAGCCAAGUUUCGCCCAUCACCUCGUAUCAAUCACAUGUAUCCAGUUGUUUCUUACACCCGUAUGAUAUCCCCUGCCUUUGAUUGCUACCCCACCCCAUCGUGCACACCCUUUACUUCUCUCCCUCCCACGUGCAGUGAUCUCUCACACAACUACAUCACAGGGCCCCUUGUAACUCUCCCACCUAUCGAAGCAGAUCUGUCCAGCAACUACCUGUCGGGGCUUGUGCCCGGACCAGACUGCCUUCGGCACAGCAUCACCGCCAACUGCUUUGCGCAGAACAAAGCCUGCCGCCCUCCCCUGCAGCGCCCCCCAGCACAGUGCACGGCGUUCUGUGGCAUCUCCUCGACCACUGCUGCCUGUGGCAGUCGUGGCGUGUGCUACCCAGACGGGCCCAGCUUGGUGCCAACUUGCUUGUGUGGUGCGGGAUUUGUGCAGCUUGGACGAAGUGACUGUGUUCCUCCAGGGCCCCCAAUGAACAUUCUCCCUCCAUUCACUGUCCUCACCAAGGGCACGCAGCAGGAGACCUUGGGGAGGUUCUUGGCCAAGCCAGUGACCCUGUUUCUGUACCCGCCUGGUGUGACCUCGGGAUGCGGCGUGGAGUUGCCCUUCAGUGUCAACUUCACCUUUGCUCUCAUGCCGCAGUCUAGCACAGCUGGAUCAAACGGCUUUGCACUUGUCAUCGCAGCAAAGCCCAAGGCGGGGAAGCCUGGUGGUGUGGGGUACAGUGGAUUGGGGUCUCAGAGCAUGGCCGUGGUAUUCGACACGCUACAGGAUAAUGCGGGAGAGCAGCACGUGGGGCUGUGCAUCAACGGCACAGAGGAGUGUUUGGUCAAGGAGGUGUCACCAUUCACUCUCACAGACGGCGACUCAUACAAGGCAUGGGUGGACUACGAGCCUGGGGAUCCCGGCACCAUUCAAGUGUUCCUGGCGGAUUCAAAGACGAAGCCAGAGGCGCCGCUGCUGCAGGGGAGGGUGUCGCUGUGUGCGGUGCUGCAGCCGGGAGUGAAGCAGCCGGCGUUCUCGUUUGGAUUCGUGGCGUCCACCACUGUGAGGCCCUUCCAGCUGCAAGGCAUUACCUCCUCUGCUGUGCAAACAGGCAAGCAUAUGUCUGUCCGUCCAGAUGAAAGAUCAAGCAUUCCCCUUUCUGUCCACCCCUUCCUGCCCCUCACAGCCCUCGGCCUCUCAUUGUCAGAGGCCACAUUUGCACCGUCUCGAGGCAGUCCCUUUUCACGCUACGUGAGUUCGGAUUUCGAACUCUCAACCACCAAGAAGGAUGCGUGGAGGCUUCGUGACUUCCACACGUGGGACUCGGUAUCCUUCCUCGGCUGGCCUGUCAAGAACCAGGAAGGCUGCAAUGCGUGCUGGGCGUAUGCGGUGGUGGCGAGUGUGGAGGCGGCAUACGGCAUUGCAAAGCAGCAGAGCGCUCCUCGGCUGGCAGUGGAGGCGCUCUUUGCCCUCAUGGGGCUCUCCGACUCCGACAAGUGCUCCGCUGGCGGCUCCCCCACCCAGGCCUUUGAGACGCUCACAGCUCUCGAUGCCACCCGUGGGCUCACAGGGGCUAGCGACCCGGCGACAACGUAUCCGGUGCAGUCGUUUGAGCGAGCGCAGUUCAAGGGGUAUGUGGGGCUCAUGAUGGCAGUGCAGAACCAGCCAGUGGUGGUUCACAUCCAGGCGUCUGCUGCCACGUUCAUGCUGUACGACGGGGAUCCUGGUUGCUUCACGGGCAGUCUCAACCAUGUUGUGCUCGUUAUUGGGUACUUCAUUACAAGGAAUGAUGGCAGCCAGAACCGCAUUGCUCCUCCGUUUUGGAUCAUCCGCAACUCGUGGGGAGAGGAUUGGGGAGACAAGGGUCACAUGCGCAUGGACAUUCAGGGAGGGGAUGGCGUGUGUGGAAUCAACGUGCUGCCUGGCAUCUACCCCAUUGUCAAGAGUGAGGCACCGACCCCAAAGUUAUCGAGGUGA